UGGAUUUUUAAUUUUUAUAACCUUUUUGAUUUUGUAGAAUUUGGAUUUAUCUGAUUCUAUGAUUCUGAAAUGUAAUUAUUAUUCACUUAAGUCUUGUACUUGCGUGUUGAUCAGCGCCACUGCAUACUUAACGGCAAUGUAAUCGCAUACAGAUACAGGUGAAGACAAACUUCCCUGGGACAUCACGAUGCGCAUGCUUCACGCAGCCCAUCAAAUCUACCGAAGACUAGAACUGUUGGCACUGAAACGCGGCAUCGGACGCACCCAUAUCCAGGCGACGCUCUUCCUGAUCGCCGUCACCGGGUUUAUCGCGCUGAGUACCUACCUGACGAUUCUGUAUUAUGACUCCUUCCCGCGCAUCCAGCGUUUCCGCUCUUCCGGAUGGAAGGAGUGCGCCGUCUCCUCCGUUCUGCCCGAACCCAAGAAUUCUCUGCCGGACCCCCGUUGGCAGAGGAUUCUCGAGAAGGUGUGGGUGUACUCGGCCUUCGUGACGGAUAAGCAUCCACCGCAGCUCACGGUGGAGGUUAUUGCCAUCGUGGAGCUGGCGGAGAAUCGAUUUUUGGACGAUGCCGAGUGCCAGUGUGUGUUUGGCGGGGAUAAAGGGGCGGUGAAGGCGGAGAUGCGCGUCCAUAACGAAGCCCGUCGUGACAGGCACGGGACACAGUACGGUGACGUGCGAUUUAUCUGUGAUAUUCCUCCCGACGUGAACACCGCUUCCGUCGGCGUACAGUGCCGUUCCCGCUCCGCCUGUGAUACUGUUGCUCUCCCCGUGCAUCCGCUGCCCGACGAAUGGCCACGGAAACUCUCCAUGGCCGUGUGUGGUCCGGUGCUGUACGGCAAUGUCUCCGUCAACCGGCUGAUUGAGUUUAUCGAGUAUUACCAGCUGAUCGGGAUCGAGAAGUUCAUCUUCUACGUGGAUAAUCCGCAUUCGGACCUGCAGAAAACUCUGGACUACUAUCACGCGCUGGGGAAAGUUGAUUUUCUCAACUGGAAAAUUCCCGGUAUCAAUCUAACGGAUUAUGAAGAAAUCUGGUAUUAUGGACAAACGGCCGCGUAUAACGACUGCGCCGAGAGGACGGGAUAUUUGUGGGAUUACACGUUAGAAGUUGAUUUGGACGAAUUCGUGGCCAUCACCGACCGCCGUCCGUUAUCCGCGGUGGUCCGCAACGGCCUGGACGACUGCGUAAUUAUCCGCUCGACCAAUAUGAAGUUGCCCCCGGCCACGGCCUCUUCCAAACGCCUGAGCCCCUACUCUCCCGCGGAUCUUCUUCUGCGCUCCUCCACCCACCAGUCAUACAUCUAUCCCUGGUACGAUCGCACCAAGGGAUUGUGUCGCAACCGGAAGGUGCUGAACGCCGGCAUCCAUUUUCCGCAUUUCCUGACGGCUGGACAUUCGAUGCGCUACGCCGAUCCCGAUGAGGAGGCCGUGAUAUUGCAUAUGCGUGAGGAGCUGCUGUUUGAAGGCACCUGGCCGUGGGUGCGGUGGGUGGUGGAUGAGCGGGGAUCCGUGUAUGCUGAACGAGUGGCGGCGCAUGUGGAGAGGGUCGUACAGGCGCUGGGAUGAUUUGUGUGACUUGUCGUUGUUGUUGUUUUUAGUGUUCCUCGCUUGCUGCGCAAGAUUGUGAUUUUUUGAUGGACCGUUAUCCAUGUUGAAAGUUUGGUGGUAUCUAUUUUGUUGGAUAAAAAACUGCAUUUUGAUAAGUAUUAAAUUUUGAAUGUUACCAAAUAUUGCGUUGUAGUUAUCGAUUGAGAAUAUGAGAUGGAUCGAAUUCCCAAACGCUGAUUGUUGUGAUAUAUCAAGCGACCCGAAUCUCUUAUGAAAAUUUCCUCGUAAACUGCAUUUUAAAUGGUU